AUGCGACCAAGCAGGAUGCACUUAUGCACCUCCCCGGUGCAUCCGUGGGUGUCGGAGUAUUUGGCACGUGCGGUCGUUGCCCCUGCUGUCAGUGCUUCAGCGCAUCGAUACAAGGGCACGUCGAGGUUGAAGUCGGGACACGCUGAUGUCGAAGGCAUCACAGAAAGCGAGCGAGCUGUGCUGCAGGCGCAGUACCGAGAGGCGCGCAAGCAGCUCGUGGGGGCUCUUCUCAUGCAGCCCUUCUCGUACAACAGCAUCCUGGCCCGUGCAAGCGGCUCCUCUCCGACGGCACUCGCAGACAUGUAUGACCUUCGCGGGCUUUGCAGCGCUGCGUACGACUUCUUGCAGGAGAGCCCCAACCGUGACCCGACCGCACAGCAAUCGGUGAGCUGCGCCAGUGAAGCUGAUAUGCCGCCUUCAGAGUCUGCGCCCGUUACGGUCGUGUCGACUGAUGCGGGUCCCGCCGGUAGCGCCAAGCGAUUGUCUUCCUCUACCACUUCUGUUGCUGGUGCUCCGGCAGCGGCGGUGGUACGUUGGCCAACUGUAUCGCAGAUGACUAAGGCAGUAGAGCGCCGUAUCAUGGACUACCGGUACGUGUGGCGUACUGCCCAUAGGCUUGCCAGCGACCGCGUGGAGGUAGAGCAGAAGCGGUGUGUUUUGGCUUCUCCCUCUGAUGCAACGCAGGCGCCUACCGCACCCAUCUUCACUGGAGGCUCGCUCCCGUUUCUUCUGGCGACUAUACCGCACAAUUUGCUCUUCUCGAUCGCCGAGCACGCCAUCCUUCACUCUUGGUACGGCGGACCACACGUCUACCCCAACGCCAAAAUGCCAAACCCCAAUUCUGCCUUCGAGCUCAACGACAAUCCUCUGCUGCGUGUGGAUGACGUGACGAGCCUCCAGUGGGACCGCGCGCAGGCGGCAAACUUCCUCGUCGUGGUGCUGCGACAGCCCGCUGUACAAAGAGAGCUCCGGCAGCGCCUGUGGGGCGCCGCACAGAGCUACCACCGUAGCGUUAUCCGAAAGCUAGAGUCUCUUGGAAUGAAGAGGAGAGCGGAGGGGGUUUCCAAGGAUGCUGCUGAUAAUUUCGUCAUCCUGCUUGACCAGGAGCCCGGCAUGCCUGCACCCCUUUCGGUGUCUCUCCGCGAGAUACGAGACGACUUGUUUAGCUUUGAUGAGCACAUGUACUUUGUGCGCGUGUCACCCUCAUCGUAUUCGAGCCCUUGGAAGUGUCGAGUAGACUGUCAGCCACUUCGGUCAACGCAUCUCUUCCGCUUUGUCUCGAGUCAUGCUGACGUUGUAGCGGCCUUUAGAGACAGACCGCGCUCGAACGUCUCUGACGCUCUCUUCCGCUUCUCAUCGCUGGAUGGGAACACCCACGCAGAGUGGGGGGGGGGUGCGACUCUGAAAUGA